AUGCCUUUAAAUCUUGCUUCUGUGUACCCGGCCGAGGAUCCGGAAUUCCAAUCCUUUCCAAGUAGAAGAAGUGUUGUACAUAGUACUGAGGGCAUGAUUGCUUGUACACAACCUUUAGCUGCAAGAUGCGGACUCAAAAUACUUGAUGCUGGUGGAAAUGCUGCUGAUGCUGCGGUAGCUGUUGCUGCUGGACUGAAUUUGACUGAGCCAACCUCGACUGGAAUAGGGGGCGACAUGUUUUGUUUAUAUUACAAUGCUAAAACGAAGAAAAUUGACGCUAUGAAUGGUUCUGGUCGUGCUGGCAUGAAAUGUAAUCUCGAGCAUAUACGGAAGGAUCUCGGCUUGAAAGAUGGAGAGAAGGGUGAACUUCCACUACGAAGUGUUCAUGCAGUUACUAUUCCUGGUGCUGCAGCUGGCUGGGUUGACACUGUUGAAAGAUUUGGAAGUGGAAAGGUAUCCAUGGAGCAGAUAUUGGCACCUGCUAUAGAGCUGGCAGAGAGAGGUUUUCCAUUGUCUGAAUUAUCUUCCACCAUGUGGAGAAACGGAGAGAAGGACUUAAAGGAGGCAUCACCCAACUUUUCUGAGCUAUUGAAAGAAGACCCAAACGCCCCUGAGGGUUACCGCGGGCCAAGACCGGGCGAGCUUUUCAAGAACCCAGGCCUUGCAGCAACCUUUCGAGCUCUGGCCAAGGAUGGGAAGAAGGGGUUCUAUACUGGAAGGAUUGCUGAAGCAAUCAUCAAAGUUACGAAAGACCGAGGAGGGUUUCUUGAACUUGAUGAUCUCACAAAACACAUGGAGGCAGGAAGUGAACCUGUAGAACCCAUUUCCUACAAAUUCAAAGGCCAAGGUUACACGGAGACGAAAGUAAAAUACGUCGAUGGAAUAUCAGGCCAAGGAAGCAACGAAGACAACCACGGAGUCGAAAUCUGGGAGCACCCUCCCAACGGCCAAGGAAUCGUGGCACUGAUGGCUCUCGGUAUACUGGAAGCGCUCGAGGAGCAAGGCAAAAUCCCCAAGUUCCAGCAGGAGGAACACAACUCAACAGCAUACCUCCACGCCAUCAUCGAGUCCCUCCGCAUCGCAUUCGCUGACGCAAGCUGGUGGGUCGCAGACCCAAACCUCUCCAAAGUCCCCACGGCCGAGCUGAUCUCGAAGAAAUACCUCGCCGAACGAGCCCAGCUCUUCGACGCGACAAAAGCCUCAGACAAGAUCUACGACUACGGCAGCCCGGCCCACAACCACAGCGAUACGGUCUACUUUGCCGUCAGCGACAAGCACGGCAACGCCAUCUCGUUCAUCAACUCCAACUUCCACGGUUUCGGCUCCGCCAUCGUCCCGAAAGGCUGCGGCUUCGUCCUGCAGAACCGCGGCGGCAAUUUCAGGUUGGAUCCUGGGCAUGCGAAUGCGAUCGCUCCGGGCAAGAGACCGUACCAUACCAUCAUCCCGGCGAUGAUCACGAAUGUGCAUGACGGGAGCUUGCACUCCGUAUACGGCGUCAUGGGCGGCUUCAUGCAACCGCAAGGCCACGUGCAAGUCCUGCUCAACAUGAUCGCGUUCAAAUACAACCCGCAGGCAGCGCUAGACGCACCGCGCUUCUGCAUCGGCGCCGAGGAGAUGCCUGGUGAUGGGAAUGGGAGGAAGGUGUUUUUGGAGGAGGGGAUUAGUGAGGAUGUUGUGGCUGAGUUGAAGGCUAUGGGGCAUGAGACGGAGCUUGUGACAGGGUAUGCGAGGGGUUUGUUUGGGAGGGGGCAGUUGAUUAGAAGUCAUGUUGAGGAUGGUGUUCAUGUGUAUUCAGCGGGAAGUGAUCCGAGGGGUGAUGGGGCUGCUUACCCUGGAUAA